CCGGAUGUAAGUAGACUACCAAACCAACUCGACUUCCCGAUCGCAACCCCAACAAGAGACGGGACGAGGACUACGGAGACCAAGAGAUCUCUUCGAUCGUGAGAGCUCCGUGCUCGGCGGCCAUGGCGACGGUCCUCUCCUCGUUCCGCUACGCCGACAGCCUCGUGGUCGUGGGGAUCUCCGUCUGCACCGCCUUCCUCUGCGAGGGCAUCUCCUGGCUCCUCAUCUACCGCACCUCCACCUACAAAUCCCUCCGCUCCUCCAUCGACAAGGCCUCCAAGAAGCUCGAAUCUAUGAAGUCCACCUCCUCCUCCUCCUCCUCGUCCGCCGGUGGCGCCGUCGGGGCCCCCGCCGCCUCCUCCAAGAAGCCCUCCUCCCGGGCAAAGAAGAUGGACCGGGUUGAGACCAGCCUCAAGGAGUCCACCCGCGACCUCUCUCUCUCCAAGUUCAAGUCCGGUGCCGUCGUCGCCGCCGUCCUCUUCGUUGUUUUCGGCCUCCUCAACUCUCUGUUCGAGGGACGGGCCGUGGCGAAGCUCCCCUUCUCGCCGAUCCCGUUGGUGCUAAAGAUGAGUCACCGGGGGCUUCCGGGGACCGAUCCCACUGACUGUUCCAUGGUGUUUCUUUACUUCCUUUGCUCCAUUAGUAUCCGGACCAAUCUCCAGAAGUUCUUGGGGUUCUCGCCCCCGAGAGGGGCCGCCGGAGCAGGGCUCUUUCCCAUGCCUGAUCCCAAGACCAGCUGAUCAUAGGAAAUAUGAUGAUUUCGGUUCAUGUGCAACAAUUAAUCAACAAGAGGGCAUCUUACUGAGGUAGCAGAAUGGAUCUUUUAGGGAUAAGCAGCCAACAAAAAUAAGAUUUAAAUAGGAAGGACAAAGUAUUUCAAUUUGUUUAUUUGAGCAAGCAUGGAAUUUCUAAGGUUUCAGGUUGUAAUGUUUCUCACUUUUAGCGAGAAUAUUCCUCAACUUUGAAUUUCUGAUGGAACUUUAUGAAGACCCAUUUCUAGAAAUACAGUACAAAAAUCAGUGAGGUGCUGUCAGAUUUCUUCAAAUAAUUUCUUGGUUCU